UAAAAUAAAUCCCUCACCAUUCUCUCUCUCUUUCUCAAUCUCUCUCUCUGAAGAAUUCGUUGAAUUUUCGCUGUGAUUUAACAUUUCAAAGAUGAUGUUGAGGUCAAGCGCUAAACCGCCACUCGCAAGGUCUCCGAUUCGCCUCCGUUCUCGGCGCAAGCCUCUGCAGCCCGCCGCCGACUACGUCGCCCGCACUCCGCCAGGUUCACUCUCAAAAUCCCAGAUUCCCAACCGCAGCUUGGACAUGGAACAGUCCGGGCUUCGCCCCGAAUACCACACUAUUUCUUGUGAGCUAAGAGCCCUAGCACAAAUGGUGCACCAAGAGCUUGGAACAAAAGAGAGCCCCUCGUUCAACGAUGGAGGUGCUCUUGGGGGUCGAAGGAGCCCUCUGUUUGAGAGGGGCAGGAUGUAUGAUGAGUACUCUGCAAGAAGAAAUGAGAGGCUCUUCAAGAGAAAGGCAAAGGGUGAAGUUGAGGGGUAUGAGAAGAAGCCUGCCUAUGACCUUGGUGUUAGAGUUGAGUCUGCAAAGAAGAGGGUGGAGUCCACCAAGUUCGACAGCCGGUGGCAGAGAGGCGGGGAGGCGCGGACCCCGAGGUAUUCGCUGAGGAGCACUAAGCCUCCAAUCCCAAUGGCUGCUGCUCUGAGUAUGGAGAAGCCUGUGGGGAUUACUGAGAGGAAAGUUAGGAGGACUACUAGGAAAGCUUGAAUCUUUUGACGUAUUGUUUGAUUUUGCUAUCAAUAUCAUAUCAAGAUUAAAAAAAAAUUCUCGAUUUCACUAAUUUAUUUCUGAUGUAUAUCAUAUGUCACAUACA